GUUUGUCUUUAUUUACACAAGAUUUCGUGGGCACAAUCGGACAGAAAGCAUGUUUUCAAUAGUGUCGGUUAUUUGGCAAAAUAGAGCGCUCUUCAAAAAUCAAGAUUUACGUCGUUAAUCUUCUGGUUUUUGUGGCGGAACAGAGCCGAUCGCACGACCGACGGAUAGAUUCAAGCAUGAAACGAACGCAAUUUCACAUCUGCAGUGAAAUCAACCUUCCACAUCAUGAACACAGAUUUAUAAUUUUAGGAUGACCUUUGGCGGAAAGCGAGUUGUUUAAUGCAACGAUGGGCGAUUUUCAAGUAUGGGUCGACGGAGUGGAGCGUGUUGUUCGAGGCGCUAAUGAGGAAACUACUUGUGAAAAUAUCUUGCUUGCUCUUGCCAGCGCCACAGGAAAGCUAGGAAGAUUUGCUUUGGUGGAAAAAUGGCGGGAUCUAGAGAGGAUUUUACCGCGAGAAGCGAAACCUCUCAAAUGCCUUCAAAUGUGGGGAAAACAAGCCAGUGAAGUUAAGUUUGUUUUGAAAUUAAUGAAAGACAAAUCAACGGGUAUUUUAGGCGAAGUGGCUGUUAAACAACUCGGUGAAAGUGAAGAAGAAAAUUUAUUCCACAAAGAUGAGAACCUCCGCGGCAAUUUCGAUGGGAAGUAUUUGGAAAGAGUUGUUGCACAUCAGACGAACAAACUGAAACGUCUUGCACGCGACUUGGAGAUUUUACAAUUGAGAAUAGACUGUUCUGUUGAAGACGAGGAAAAUUACUUGUAUUUCACCGAAGAGGAAAUAACUGACGACCGAAUAACUAAGCUCGGACAGGUCUUGAAAUUGCAAGCUAAAGAGUUAGAGAUACAGGAAACAUGUGCCUGUGAACUCGCAGGGGAACGUACGCGACAAGAAAAACUUCAGUUCGAACUUAAAGAGCAUCGAAGUAAACUUAAAAAUUUAGACGUUCACAUUUCGGAUUUAGAAAACGUUGGUAGUAAGAUAUAUUCAAUGCGUGCUCCACAAGACAUAAAGUCAGACAGUGUUCCGAGCUUAAGUGGUGAUGACAGAUCUGAACUGGAUGAACUUGCCCAAGAAAUAAUGGUUACGCGAGAAGAAUUGUCAAAGCAGAGGGACCUCGCUGAGCGCCAAAUUGAAGAGGUUAAGGUCAUGAAAAGGUCUUUUGCGGAACUAGAAAUUCUCUCUCAGCAAAAAUCAGUGGAGUUGCUCUCUUUGAAAGGAGAAUCUUCGCUGGAUCCAAGCGUAUACUACGAUUUGGACAAGAAUCUAAAUUUAGACACGGAGCACGACUUGUCAGCAAGCUAUGGCACUGGAAAUCUCGAUUUGCGUCGCGAUAAACCCAAAAUGGUGAUCCCUGGUGUCUAUCAAUCAUCAUCCAAUGGUGGGAUACCAAGAGAUCUUUCAUCCCCUGGUGCUUCAAGUUCACGUAAAUCUGAAGCGAGACAAAAAUUUUUAGUUGAUGGGUUUGAUGGCAUGGAUGAUCCUGGAGUGUUUGUCUGAGGAAUUAGUGAGGUACGUAGGUCUUUCCAGUUUAACUGUUGAAAUGAUUGCAGAUAUUGAAGUAAAAAAAAAAAAACUUAAAUUUUCUCCGUGUUGCUCUGAAGAGACGGAAAUUUCUAAAAAGGAUGAAGCAUCAGUAAAUAAAAUCGUUUUUGACAGUAGACUCUAUUUUCACUUUGAUUCUUUUGUUUAUUUCACUUCAAACUUAAGAAUAAGUCCACUAAAGAUAAGCUUUGCCUCGGGGAGUUUGGGUAAUUAAAUUACUCGAUCCGUUUUCUUUUGAUUUUAUAAACUUUAUCAGUAAAUGCAUGAAUGGUUUCCCAAAGCGGAUAACUUUGUUUUAGGAAGACAAAAAGGUGGGAUACACUGGUACUGUUUUGUCGUAAGCAACAAUAGAAACUAGGGCGGAUGGGGUAUAUUUUGUUGCUCAAUUUUAUCCUUUGUUUAAAUUUUGUUUCCUUUGUUUUGCUGAGGCUGAAGUUGAGGAAAACCAUAAAUUUAAUUUAGGAUAAAAUUUAACUCAACGUAUUUAUUCAUAAAAAAUUGUAGGUUAAACUUGUAGAACAUCUCCCAAUAUCACACCUUUUAGUUUCCCUUCUGCACAGUAAUGCAUUAUUGUCCGGUCUAUCUAUGGGAUAAGAUACCCCUGUACAAUGAGAACCAAAGGUUGGUCCCUUUUGCUCUUCAGUCAUAAAUUUAACUCUCUACAAGGUGGGUAUCCUUCUAUAAUACAGGCAGUUAGUGUGAGAGAGUUAACUGUAGUAAAUACAAGUUUAGUUAGUGGCAUAGCCAGCCAUAGACCUGUAGACCCACGCCUACAAAUUUUUGGUAAAAAUUAUGGGGUGUUGGGGUGAGCUAAAAAAAGGGCAGUGUGUACUAGUCCUGAAGGCAAUUUUCAGGAUAAAUGAAAGUCAGACAGGCCCACAAGUAGUCGAAAAGCUGGCUACACAGCAUGCAAAGAAAGUAGUGUCCCCGAUAGCCUGGGGCUAGUGGAUUUUGCUAUUGGGCUGGUGAAUUCUGUUCUUAACUUGCCUGUUGGGCAAGUGAAGUAUUUUGAGGAAUUCAAAUUACAGAAGAACUGUGAAAUCAAUUCUGCUCAUCAAAAAGUUUUUGGGACUAGUUGAAAUGACGUUUGGGCUAGUAUAUGCUAGUCUCAGCUUGCCCAAAUGGCAAGCUGUAAAAAUGACUUUCUUUGCACCCUGCUACGCCCCUGUUAGUCCUAUAGUUGGUUUCUCUACCCUUCAGGCAUUGAAUUUAACUCUCCACAAGGUGGACACUUUUCUUUAAUACAGGCACUUAAUACAAGUUAAGUCAUGAUCAGUUUAUUUCUUAUAACAGAUGUUAAUGUAAGUCACAUGGAUUAUUUGGUUACUGUUACAGAUCAAAGACAGGAUUCUCUCAUUGAUACACUGUAUGUUCAACAAGUUUUGGACUUCUGAUGAGAGGCACACAAAAUCAUGCAAGUUAAUAUUUUUUAACACAAUUUUGGUAUGUGUCGUUGUUUACUUUAAUGUUUACACAAUCAGGCAACAGUUGUUUGAACAUUGGAUAGUGCUAUUCACCAGAUAAAUUACUAUGCAGCAUCUAAGUAUAAGCGAAACUGUUUCUGUUAUCCACGUUUUGACCAAAGACCAGCAGGAGGUCAUUUUUAAAUGCAGUGGAACCCUGCCUUACGGCCACCAUGGUAAUAUGGUCAUUUCUUAGUGCGACCGUUUUUUUUUUUUCAGCCCAGCUAAAUGGCCAUACAUUUCCUUACAAAAAGCCCCGUGAAUGCGGUCACCCGUUAAAAUCCCAAAAACUAGCAUCUCUUAUAAUUUCACCCUGUUAAUACAAUUUAGGAAAUUAAAAAGCCUGUGACAUGUCAAUUUUAUUGACCCAGUAAUCUGAACUUAUUCUUGUACUGUUUUUAGACUACAGUACACUUGAAAUGCACUUGUGGCGAUAUAAAAUCAAAUUUUAAAAGAGUUCCAUGUACUGAAGGAAACUUUAUGAGAUUAUUCAAUUACUGUACGCAAUGUCUACAUUCCGGUUGUUUAUUAAUGAGAACAGUACGGUGAAUGUUAUGUACGGUGUAUUUGUCAUUACGGAGCUCAAGUCAUUAAAUUUGAGCCUGCCCUGGUAAUAUGGCCACCCCGUUACUACGGGCCUAUUAGUGACCAUAUUCACAGGGUUCCACUGUACCAUACCAUUUGUGAAAUACUUCGUUUACUAAGGGUUGAUGGCUGUAAUCUUGAUGAUUGUUACUUGGUAAAACAUUGAUUAUUCAUGAAGCGUUUUCUUGCAAAUGCAGGUUGUUGCACUUGGUGAUCAGAAGCUAACUUGUCAUCACCACCCUGAUCACCCUUAACACCAGCACACCCUGUUUUAUCUGUCACCCUCUUACAAAUAGAUUCCUUGUGAUCCAGCAUCACUGUGUUUCAGAAGGCCAAAAGGCCCUGGUGGCACCUAUCUGCUCUCAAGGUUAUGGGGAUGAAUGAUUGUUGGUUCUUUAGGAGCUCAUCAUCCCUUUCACCUAUUUUGUCAGGAUUGUAAAUUUUGAGUGCCCUAAUCUCCCAUGACACCUGAUGAUUCUUAUUAUUGUAAAAAUAUCUGCAGGUAGCUAGAAAGUCAGCCUCAGAAGCAAAGUAAUGCAUUACAUUUUUCUCGUUUCCUUUCUAAAAGUGAAAUCUAUUUUCUCUUUUAGGGGAAAAGUACCAUUGGAGAGGCCCAAUAGUACUUGAGGGAAGAAAACUGCGAAAGAGUUAGAUUGUCUAAUCAUUAAAGCUGACCUUUCAAAGGAGAUUUUUGGCUUUUAUAAGUGCAUCGUGUAGUGAAUAAUAUUAUUACUACUGCAUGAUUUGGUUAAUUUACUAAUGUACUCUGCUGUUAUUGAAGCAAUUUUAUCUCCUCAAGAAUCCUGGCAGUUAUACAGUGUCUUCUUGUCUUCAUGAUUGUUCAUGACAUAGUUGCCAAAUACGGUAAACACCAGCAUAUAAAAACAAGUAGUGGAUUAGAAGAACCUCAGGCUGAAAUUUGGCCAAUAGAGCAUAUAAUAAUAUUAUAUUAGAACCAAAUCAGGCUGAUAAAUAAAACAUGUUCGUACAAGAAAAAGAAAGAGAAAGCUAGAAUAAGAAAACA